AUGUUAACUAAUCAUCAUCAAAUCUUUUCAAUAUCAAUUAAAUUUUUACUCGAGAAGAGUUCUUUUUUUUCCUCAUUUUUAUUUGAUUCAUCAUUUGAUCAUCUUCAAUCGAUUACUUUUGAAGAUAUUCAAUCAAAUACAAUUAUUCCAAUUCUGAACAAUUUAUUUUUCUUACCAAAACUUUAUUCAUUAACAAUUAAAACAUCAAUUAUAAAAGAAGAGAUGAAUGAAAUUUAUCGAUUAAUAUUUGUUUUACCUAAAUUAAAAUAUUCUCGAAUAUGUUUAUCAAAUAAUUUUCAUUCAUUAACAUAUUCAAUGGUUGAAAAGAAUGAAUUAUGUUCAAUUGUAUAUCUUGUUCUCGAUCAUUAUUGUUCUUUAAAUGAACUUGAAUUUUUAAUAUCUUUUACACCGAAACUUCGUCGUUUAACUGCUCAUAAAAUAGAAACAAAGAAUUUCAAUGCGAAAGUAUCAUCAAUUGAAUUAAAUAAUCUCAAAUCACUUUAUUUAAAUGUAUUUCAAACAACAUUUAAUCAAUUAGAAAUAUUUCUUUCAAAAAUCAAUUCAAAUUUAAAUCUAUUAACAAUAGCUGGAUCAAAUGAUAUUGCUUAUCUUGAUGCAUAUCGAUGGGAACAUUUAAUUUUAAAUUCUUUUCCUCAAUUAGAAAAGUUUUAUUUAAUCUAUAAUGAUCAACUUAAUGAUGAAGAAAAUUCUCCAAUAUUUUCUGGAAAACAAAAUCAAUUUUCUUCAUCAUUUUGGAUUCAACGAAAAUGGUUAUUUGAAGUUGAAAUUGCUUAUACAGAUAUUCAAUAUACAAUUCGUCCAUUUAGUAAAAGAUGGUAUCAUUAUCCCAAAUAUAAUAUUGAACAUUCGACAGUUACUUGUUUAGCAUUUGAAUCUAUCCCUGAGGAUACGUUAUCCAAACAAAUUGAACAUGUUUUAAUAAUAACACAAAUUUAUUAUUUGGAAAUUCUUGAAAAGAAUAUUUCUAUUUUUCAAAUGAUUCAAGUAAUUAAUCUAUUACCUGAUUUAACAACAUUAAAAAUUCAUUCAUUAUCAACAGAUGAAACAUCGGAAUUUACUGUUGAUGAAAUUUUUAUUUUAUGUUCAAUGAAAGAAACAAGUCAAAUUACGAAAGUCUUUUUGGAAGAAAUUAAUCAUAUGAAAGAAUUAGAUUUUCUAUUUACACUUUGUCCAUAUAUGGAAUAUUUUAGAAUUGAAAAGAUGAAUUUCAUGGAUAUUCAAGCAUUUUUACGGAUUUUUUUGAAGAAAAUUAAUCGAUUUGAUAAUCAUCAUCUUCGUGCAUUAUGUUUUGAAUUUUCAACAGCAGAUGAUUUAAUUAUUCAAAAUAUUCAAGACACGAUCAACUCAGAUAAAUUACUUUCGCAUUUUACAAUCAAACGUUUACGCAAUCUUAUUUAUUUACAAUGGAAAUAA